GGAAAUUCAGGAAAAGGCUAGUGAUGCCCUAAGCCUUUUACAAGCCCUUACCAGUUGGGCUAAAGCCCAGUAGCUGCAAAGGAAGUGGGAACUCUGUGCUCUAAUUCUCUGUCGAAGUCGAACCUGCUGAAGUUACAAUCACUGGAAAUCUGGAAAGAGAGGGAAACCCAGAUAUAUAAUCUGGUAUCCUUCACUGUAUAUUACCAAAAACAGUAGGAAAGCGGGCGUCUCUAUUUUCCCUCCUUUUCAACACUCUCCACGCCAUGGCGGCGGCCGCCUUGCUCCGUCACAUUUGCAAACCCCAAACCUAUGCCUCCCUUCGUAUAAUCAGCAAAACCUCCAGCUAUGCUUCCCUCUCAACUUCAACCGACACUAAGCGAUUCAGUCACCUAUUUCAAGUGAGAUCGGUAUGUACUCCCGCUGAAGCUGUCGCCGGGUUCGAUGAGAUGGGUGCACAGACCCAGCGGAAGUAUUAUAUGUUAGGUGGGAAGGGAGGUGUUGGUAAAACAAGCUGUGCUGCUUCCCUUGCUGUAAAAUUUGCAAAUCAUGGUCAUCCUACGAUUGUGGUUUCCACUGACCCUGCACAUUCGUUAAGUGAUUCUUUUGACCAGGAUUUGGCUGGUGGGAUGCUUGUUCCAGUUCAAGGACUAGAUUCUCCACUUUAUGCACUGGAGAUAAACCCUGGCAAAGCUUUGGAAGAAUUCCAGGCCACACGUAAAAAAGAGGGCGAUGGUGGCAUGCGUAAUUUUAUGGAUGGCAUUGGCCUUGGGAUGCUUGGUGAGCAGUUAGGAGAAUUGAAAUUGGAAGAGCUGUUCGACACUCUCCCACCUGGUCUGGAUGAAGCUAUUGCCAUUUCCAAGGCAUGUAUAGCCAAUAAGAGUUAUUUUUUAGGUUAUGCAAUUUCUCGAAUCGCAGGAAUACAGUAUGUUCACUCGAAUAGUUUUGGAUACUGCGCCAACGACUUCAUGGAUGCAUCUAUAGGGAAAAUGAUGAAGCUAAAGCAGAAGAUAGCUUCAGCAACUUCAGCUAUUAAAUCUGUUUUUGGGAAAGAAGAGUCACAACCCAGACUAGAUGCUAGUGACAAACUAAAGCAACUAAAGGAGAGGAUGGCAAAAGUACGCGAGCUUUUUCGUGACUCAGAGACCACAGAGUUCGUUAUAGUGACAAUCCCAACAGUUAUGGCAGUUAGAGAGUCUUCACGGUUGUGUGCAUCCUUGAAGAAGGAGAACGUUCCGGUGCAAAGGCUUAUCGUUAAUCAAGUCCUGCCUCCAUCUGCAUCAAACUGCAACUUUUGUGAGAUGAAGAGGAAGGAUCAGAUGCGUUCCCUUGAUAUGAUUAGGAGUGAUCCAGAACUCGCCGGUUUGUCUCUAAUCCAGGCACCCCUAGUAGAUGCAGAGAUAAGGGGUGUCCCUGCUCUUAAGUUCAUGGCGGAUAAGGUUUGGAGAUGAAGCUUCUUCUCUCUGUCUGGAUGUCAUCAACAAGGAAGGGGAUCACCAUUUUUGAAAGAGAAGCUGCGACUGCGUGCUCAAGACCCAAGACCUUGUUCAGUUGCACGUGUGCCCAACACACGCAUGAGAGAGAGAGAGAGAGAGAGAGAGAGAGAGAGAGAGAGAGAGAGAGAGAGACCUUUUGAAAUGAAAAUUUUCUUCUUACUACAAAUUAUGGCACUAGUCGUUUUAUGCGUAUCAAGUUUAUCCCACUGGCCGGUUUAUGAGUUGCGUGUACUAUGUUAAGAGGGGAUCUGAAAGUCUCUUUUCUUUCUAAACUAAUGGAAAAACUACUCCACUCGCAACAAGAGUUAACUUGUUCUCUCUCUUUUGUUUUUUAAUAACUCGGGUGUCCGGAUCAGCUUAUAGACA